GGCCGGGGCGCGCCGCCGCCGCCACUGCCGCCUGGGAUCGUUCGGCCAGGGGUCCGAGCCGCUCGCACCAUGGACACCAGCGACCUCUUCGCCAGCUGCAGAAAAGGGGAUGUGGGCCGAGUGCGGUACCUGCUGGAGCAACGGGACGUGGAGGUGAAUGUGCGGGACAAGUGGGACAGCACCCCCUUGUACUAUGCCUGCCUGUGUGGGCACGAGGAGCUAGUACUCUAUCUUCUGGCCAACGGAGCCCGCUGUGAGGCCAACACCUUUGAUGGGGAACGCUGCCUCUAUGGGGCACUUAGCGACCCUAUCCGCCGGGCCCUGCGCGAUUACAAGCAGGUGACAGCCUCCUGCAGGAGGCGGGACUACUACGACGACUUCCUGCAGCGGCUUCUGGAGCAGGGCAUCCAUAGUGACGUGGUUUUUGUGGUGCAUGGGAAGCCCUUCCGGGCACAUCGCUGCAUCCUGGGCGUGCGCAGUGCCUACUUUGCCAACAUGCUGGACACCAAAUGGAAGGGCAAGAACGUCGUGGUCCUGAGGCACCCACUGAUCAACCCCGUGGCCUUUGGGGCCCUGCUGCAGUACCUGUACACAGGCCGCCUGGACGUCGGUGUGGAACAUGUUAGCGACUGCGAGCGGCUGGCCAAGCAGUGCCAGCUGUGGGACCUGCUCAGUGACCUCGAGGCCAAGUGCGAGAAGGUGUCCGAGUUUGUGGCAUCCAAGCCAGGCACGUGCGUGAAGGUGCUGACUAUUGAGCCCCCCACAGCAGACCCCCGGCUUCGGGAGGACAUGGCCCUGCUGGCCGACUGCGCCCUGCCCCCUGAGCUCCGUGGUGAUCUCGGGGAGCUGCCCUUCCCUUGCCCUGAUGGCUUCAACAGCUGUCCUGAUGUCUGCUUUCGGGUGGAAGGUUGCAGCUUUCUCUGCCACAAGGCCUUCUUCUGCGGCCGCAGCGACUACUUCCAGGCCCUGCUGAACGACCACUUCAGAGAAAACGAGCUGGAGGCCUCAGGCGGCCUCCCGGCCAUCACCCUCCAUGGCAUCUCGCCUGACAUCUUCACGCACGUGCUCUACUACAUCUAUAGCGACCACACAGAGCUGCCCCCCGAGGCGGCCUAUGAUGUCCUGAGCGUGGCCGACAUGUACCUGUUGCCGGGCCUGAAGCGGCUGUGUGGCCGCAGCCUGGCCCAGCUGCUGGACGAGGACAGCGUGGUGGGCGUGUGGCGCGUGGCCAAGCUCUUCCGCUUGGCACGCCUCGAGGACCAGUGCACUGAGUACAUGGCCAAGGUCAUCGAGAAGCUGGUGGAGCGGGAGGACUUCGUGGAGGCCGUGCGGGAGGAGGCGGCGGCCGUGGCUGCCCGACAGGAGACGGAUUCCAUCCCGCUGGUGGACGACAUCCGCUUCCACGUGGCCAGCACGGUGCAGACCUACAGCGCCAUCGAGGAGGCACAGCAGCGGCUGCGGGCCCUGGAGGACCUGCUGGUGUCCAUCGGCCUGGACUGCUGACCGUCAGCUUGUGGCACGUGUGGGCCCUGCGUGUGUGUGCGCGUGUGCGCAUGUACGGCUCGUCUUUCUGUUCUGGCUCCGGUGAGGGCAUCGUGGUGGCCUGAGGGGCUCCGUGGGGUUCGCCUCCCCCUCCGUGCCUGGGGGCCCUGAGGGGGGGUCAGGAUGAGCCCCCUCCCCCAACACAAGCCAGCCCCCAAGGCCCUGGGGCUGGGCACCGCUCAGGGAAACCUGGGGUGGGGGGUCUCUUUGGGCCUCCCUCCGCCGGGCCCCUCCACACCCCCGGGCCCCUCCACACCCCCACUCUCCUGGCCCUGGCUUGUCUGCUUCCAAGCCAAGCCAGCGAGCAAGCUUCUCUGAGGAGCAGAGUUGGCCCACAGGGAGCAGAAAAGUCUGUGUGUGGCAAUAAAGCUUCAUUCGCUGUGGGA